AUGAGUCCAUCGGGAAGCCGCGCCUGGUUGUGCCUGUGGGUACAGAUUAUAGCUACUUGCAAUCUACUGGUGUCAUCCGCAGUUCAUAAUUCCGUUGCGACUGGUGCGGAAGAAGAUGCAACCGCGGGGCCGGUGACAGGAAAGGCAAUGGGUCCCGGUUCUGCGCGAAGACACAACAGGCCCUCGAGGAGCAGUACCGCCUCAGCGAUAGCGCACGUUCGGCGGAUGGACGAAAUUCCUCCGCACGAGGGCGAGCACGACACGGAACACGGCACACGCAGCAGGAACUUCGGCGGAGAUCUACGGAAAGCAAAGAGUCCGAAUUGGCGCACGUUGUCACCCGCUGGUCGUACUUCUGUCAAACGAGAGCUGACGCUGAACCCCCUAGCGACCGCCCCGCUGUUCAAGUCGCUCUUGCUGAAUAAGGCCACUAGAGCAUCCACCUCCACGUCUGCGGGGCGCGGAAAAGAAGCCGCUGACUCAUCUGGAAAGUCUGUUGCAGGAACAAAAACCGACAACAAGGUGACUGCCAGCAACGGUAUAGCGAAGCAUCACACGAAGCUGAACGAGAUGAGCACAGUGUCGGCGAGUGUUUCCAAAAAAGCGCGAACGGCUCGGGCCCAGCAUAUCCACCGAAAAAGAAAAACGGAGUUUCGCAUUCGACGCAUCAGUAAAAUUUGCAUAACCCAUUCUCACUCGGAUGCUGUCUCUUACUCUUUCUAUAAAAGCACGAAAUAAUGUAAGUACAUGUUGACAGUGAGACGGGAUGUUGACGAUCUGUCGGUCUCGCGCAAAAGUUUGAUUGCAAUUUGUAGCUGCACGGCGAGUGCGGCACUCGCGCUUUUGCAAUCCAUACAGCUUUCCGCCGAGCAACUCAAUGCGUUUUCCGAGGAGCAGCUUGCGUUACGCUUCGCAAAAGUGAUAGUGCGUUCGCUCACUUUCACAGGGCCAUUCUGAAUUGUCCAUGAUACCGAAGCGAGUCAUGUACUCGUGCUCAUUAGAAGCAAACUGAGUUUGUGCCCGAAAAUACGUACGCACGCGAAAGAUCUUUUGCAGGCAAUACGCGUUUAGUAGGAACAAUGCGCAGGUGUUUAAAGCUGACUCAAAGUGUGGCUCGACGGCGCCAGAGGACAAGUAACGAACGCAAAUGUGUUGCCUGGGACAGCCUCAGUGGUGACCGAAAAGACGUCGCGCGUAGUAAAGUCCUGAUUUCGCGACGCGCGCAGCAGGAGAAAGUCGAGUACUUAUUUAUUGCGCGCCGCAUAAGCAUACCCACACUGAAACUGAUAUGAUCGCCGGGAUCGUCGGCUACUUACAUGCAUCUUGAACACACAUGUGGAUUUUUCACCGAGCGCAUUCAAUUAGAACAGUUCUUUUGCUUUGUCUGGCGGUUCCCUGGCUGCGCAGCAUCUGACGGAAAUGCGCCUCACUCAUUUUCUCGACCCAGACACAUUUGCACUUGAUCAAGCGAUCACUUUCGACAUGACGGCAGACGUGCGCUGGAUCUGCGACCAGAGUAUCACACAUAGCCCCUUUUCUGCAGCAUAGAAUUGCUCCUUUCGUUGUCACGCGAGAACCGAUUGUGCAUGUGGUCGUGCUGGUCUUGCUGAAGAAGUCUUCUUUACGUAACGAGAAGGAGGUUUCUGCACAUUGUAUGACUUCCUGCGUGAGGGGAUGUUCUUCUUCGUAUAAAAAUAGGUUCUAGCCGCGAGACAGAGAAGCGUGUGCCUACGCGCAACACGAUCCCGCUUGUACUGCUCGCACGGUGUAGCUACGACGAGGCCGCUGGGAUUCUUGCUUAGAAGAUCAUAAAGAUUUUUCGCAAACCAGCGGUCACAUACGAAAGUGAAACGAAGCUGACAUUUUCUAUGCUACUGUUUUUGUCUGAUCCAUACAGCUGACCACCGGAAGCGGAGCGAACGAGGAGCCCUUCCGUGGCUUCUUGCACUUCGAACGGAAUGGCCCGGUGCCCGCACUUCCGGGAGUACCCCCGAGCCAGGCGGACCUGCCAGUCACUAUCGGGGAGAAAAAGUCCUGCUCGAGUGAUGUAACUGUGCACUUCUGAUGAAGAGGAGCAGCAAGUAGGCGCUUUGUUUGUUGAUCAGCAAGAAGACGCUCUGUUCUUCAUCACCACUUGUCAUCCAAGGAUUUAUAUCCUAACCCUAAUCCAAGGAUACAACAUAGCGCACCUUCAUCAUGCGCCAUGAUUUGCGCAGGCACAGAGCUACGAUUUUUAUGUUAUUCGCCUCCUUAACAUGGAUCUGUUCAUGCCCAAUGCACAUGUGAAGAUGUGUGGAAAAAAAUUGUACGGCACGCAAAAAUAAUUAAAGGGUGUUGACAGUGCAUAGAUUUAGAUUCAGUACGCAGACCUUUUUCUUGGAUAGUCACGCACCGAUUUGUCAUCUGCAAGGAGUUUGACGUGGCCAUUCAGGCGUGCACUGUGGGGCACGUCUGCAAUGCUUGCCAAAAGGCUAUGGCCAGUUGUCCGGAUGACACGAAACGGACCGUGAUUAUAUGCAUUGCAAGAGAAGUUGAAGUAUCGCGAACGAGUGCCGAACUACCUCAAUUAGGCCUUUGAUGACGCCAGCAGUUCCAUUAGAAUACUCAAGCAUGAUGGUAUUCAUCUAUUAUAGGAAGCCUUUAUUAUUUCUUCAGCGAGAAGAAUCAUCAUCAUACGAGAGCGAGAGGCUUGUACCCAUGAUAGUGUUAGUUGUAAAGAGGCGAAGAGCAAGGAAGACCAGAAUUCUUGAUUCAUGUGCAUGUAGCUUCCCAACUACACUACCUAUUUGUUUUCAUGGAAUUUCGUUCGCACCACGAACGUUUCCGAUACAAUUUUUUUGCACAGGAUUGAUUACCGUCGACUGCGAGACGUAAGGGGAAAACUAGAGCUGACCAUGCUUGUUGGGGGCGCAGCUACGAGCACUUGGUCAACAUCCACCCACCAACGAGACAAGACUUUCGAAUUGCGGCAGGCUCUGGUGCUGGUGGUUUUGAAGGUGAUAACACGGACAACUACUGUCCUGACGGCGCUUCUGUAAUUACAGUGGCGUAAGUAAGAUGAAUCCACACAUGAUAGUACUAGUACAAGAAAUGCGCAAAUCGACGGUUGCCGUUUCGCUUUCGCUCACGUUCUAAGGGUUGCUUGAGAAUAAAGGUUGAGUUUCGCACUUCUUCUUGAUUUCAAGAAUCAAGUGUACAUGAAAUAAGAACAAUUGCAAUUCAUCAGAAUACGAGGAAUAUCCGUGAAGAAGAACAUGAGCACGCUCUUGACGAGCUUGUUUUGACAGAAACAAAUGUUGGUCUUCAGAAGGUCGGAGAAAGAUGAAGCAGUAACGCACCAAUAAAUUCACAUUUACAUCGCCCCCGGCGACGACCAUGUAGUAAGCAUUGGCAGCUCAAGGUAAAGCUAUUACAGAAAAUGACACAUGGACCAAAUCCAUGAUAGGGAACUCUUGGAAAAG